GUAAAAUCAACAGUACAAGUUUUACAAUUAAAUUAAAAGAACAACAAGUAAUUAACUUUAAACAAAUACUCAACAAAAAAAAAAUGAUUUCCCAUUGUGCUAAAGUUGGAGGUGCCAUAAAAUUGUGGCAUUUAAGUGUCAUAAUUUUUAUAUCGUUCAAUUGCUGGCCAUCUUCCUAUGGUAAACGUAUCCAUAAAUCUUAUCUAGAUAUUGAGGAUAUAGUCAUAAACGGUGGUCGUAUUGUUGGCGGUGAAGUGGCCGAAGUGGGUUAUGCACCCUAUCAGGUGUCAAUACAAUCAAUUUUUGGUUCACAUUUGUGUGGUGGUGCCAUCAUCGAUGAACAAUGGAUUUUGACGGCGGCCCACUGUGUGGAAGAUUAUCCUUUGGAUGUGUUGCGUGUCAUAGCUGGCACUAAUAAUUGGCAGCAACCGGGUGUGGUGCGUCAAAUGGAGAUUGCCAUGCCCCAUUGUAGACACGACAAACCUUUGUUUUAUCACAAUGAUAUAGCGGCUGCACGGUUGAGUGAACCUCUGGUAUUUGACAAUUUAACUAAUAAAAUCGAGUUAUCACAUGAUGUCUUAAAGUCCGGUGAUGUUUUAACCUUAACCGGUUGGGGUGCUACACGUUUAAAUGGUGAACCACCAGAAUUGCUGCAAAAAAUCGAUCUAAAUUUUGUUCCCCAUGAGGAGUGCAAGCGUUUGUGGGACGAUGAUGAGGGUGUAGAUGUGGGUCACAUUUGCUCUUUCACUAAAGCGGGAGAAGGUGCUUGUAAUGGCGAUUCUGGUGGCCCGUUAGUGCACAAGGGCAAAUUGGUGGGCCUGGUGAAUUGGGGAGCUCCAUGUGCUCGCGGCAAACCGGACAUGCAUGCCAGUACUGUGUAUUAUUAUGAUUUCAUACAACUGGCAAUGAGUCAAUGUUAUAUACAGAGAGGUUGAUAUUUGGGGGUUUAGUAAUAUUGAUUUUAAAUUCUAAUUGCAACAAUUUUAUGUAAUUAAGUU